AUGAGCAUCUUGGGUGUGCUCGCGAACCUACUGUUGUUCUUGCUGGUGAGGAAUCACACGCCAAAUGUGAUGAAAAGCUACCGAAAAGUGCUGUAUGCAUCCUGUUUUCUGGAUGGCUUUACAGCGUUGGUGCAUAUUCUGUUUAACGGGGUGAGUUUUGGCCGGAAAUACAACCGACCAAUACCUAAUACUGUUUUCAGGAACUGUCCUCCCAAGAUGGCAUUCAUGUGAUACGUUUCAUCGGUCCAAUUCCUCAACUUAUCGACCAGCUCGGCUGGUUGCCCGAUGGUGAUCUUGCGUAUCUCUUGAUCCCCGGGUUUUUCUUCCAACUGAGUGUUAUAUGCUACUGUUUUGUUCCCUAUACCUACCGGUACCUGCACGUCGUCAGGUGGGUCUGCUGGCAAUAGUGCCUCGUUUGAAUAAUGAAUUCGCCUGUAACAGCCACAAUAACCCAUUUUGAUCUCGUUCUUUUCCCGUGCUUUCGUGUCGAAUAAACGAUAUCUUGGUCGACGGGUCGUCUGCCCAUCCCCUCGUAUAUACUUCAUAUUCCCGAUCUGCUCCUUUCCCCGUGGCUAUCAAAUAGUUUUAGGUGGAAGGCUAAACAAAAUUUAGCCCGAGUGGGAUACUAGUCUUUUCGUAGAGUCGCUGGAGUGAUCUUCGCAACAUGCAUUAAGAGAAAACAGAAGUUGACCUUGCACCGUGCAAUAGGCAAUUGUUGCACAUAUUUGUCGCUGAAUUUUCAGGAAUUCGACCCUCAGAAAUUUCGAGUUUUUUCUCUUGGUUCUUGUAUACCUAACGCCUGCCUUGAUAAUUUCAAUUUCCAUUCCACUUCUCUCUGUUCACGCGUACGAUCAGCUCAAUGACUACGUCGGGAAGGACACUUCCCCCUGCUCAAGGAGAGUCCCAAUUUUUGACAUACGAAUCGUCACACUGAAAGUGAGUUUCGACAAGUUUCUACUUUCUAUUUGUGCUCCAUUCCAAUUUUUGUAGCAACCACUUUUGUAGCCGCCAUUACACAGCGUCGCUCAAGCUUGUUCGUCCUCAAUUUUGCUUACGUUGGUAUUCCCGCCGUUUCUGCUCUACUUUAUUGUUCGAAUCUACAUGAAGUUGAACGGUGAGCUGCAGACAACGGCGGGCGUAGCCACGAGGAUGCAACGACAGAUCACGAUGGCCUUGACUGCUCAGGUAUGAGGAUUUGGAUUAAAAAACGUUUUUUGCCGUUGCCUAAUGGCUUUUCAAAGCUUAUUCAAUGGGGUUCCUUAUAAUAUUUCUAUUUUCUGAAAGCCGGCUUUUUAUUCUAAUCCCGUGCCAAAUUUCAGCCUUCUAGCUCAAACGGCUAGCGAGAUAUGGAGCGAGAAAGCAAGCGCAUUCCGAAAAAAAUAAAAAAAGUCGCGGAGAUCGGUUGUGUCCCUAAAGUACAGAAUGCCGUGCGUUGGCAACAAAGUUUUCAAUUUUUUUUCUUGAAUCCUCUAGGCUUUGCUUCGAGUACUACUCGGUUAGGUUGUAUCAAGUUUCUAAGUCCGGCUUGUGUGUAGUUAUCAAAUCUUGGAGGAAAGUGAUGUUCGAGCCAUUAUUUUGUACGGCUAUUUUGUACAAAAAGGCCUUGAAGCCUACCAAAACUACGGACUAAAUCGUAAAUGUGUUGGGUCAGGAGGCCACCAACUACGACACAGUAGACUUACCCUUUCCAAUGUUUCUCGGUCGGACAACCUGUUCCGAUCGCUUGCCCACAAUGUUGACGGAAAUGUCGGGAUAAAAAAGAUUCUUUGCUCAUUUCUUAACAAAAAAUCCAAAAAGCCUUACCACACAUCUUUCAUCUAAUCGUUUUCAGUCCAUCAUUCCUCUUCUCCUAGUUUCCCUUCCAUUCUUCAGCAGUAUUGCCAGCUUUUGGUACAGUAAUGACACCUACAAUCCGGGUGCAACGUCAACAAUUGCCUUUUCGUUCUUUCUAAUCCCCCUAAUCAACCCGCUGGCAACAAUUUGGCUGUUCAAGAGCUAUCGGUAUGCGCUUCUUGAGGCAUGUGGACUCGGAAAACGGUCUCAACGGGUAUUCGCUCUUUCUGAUGGCAGUUUAAUAGGGCCAUCAUCUACAUGGUGAUUCAAAAAAUGAACAUUUUAUUUUGGACGGUAAAUCGGAAUUGUUUGUAUAAAUAAAGCUCCACACUUGACUUCGGAUAUUCUUGACGGAGUAUAGACCGUAACUGAGUAAUUGGAAGAAAAUCUAACAAUGUAAGACCGAAACAAGCCUCCUGUUGUUAAUCAGAGACAAAAAAUGUGUUAUUAAUAGCUUGCCGAAGAGCGUCGAGACAUGAUGAACAACCGUUGUUCUCCUGUAGUCUUUGCCCGGAAAUGGAGGUAAACUGGCUGAAAUUUGAACAAAAGAAUGCUAAAGUAAUAUCCGUCAUGUGCGUUGUCCGUACGCCGUCACAAUUACGGCCCAAUCAAACCGUUUUUGCGGACUCCUUACUUGAGGAGAAGAUUGGAUAAACAAAAAAAAGGUCAACUUGGCGAUCAUUUAUGUAAUGUCAGCUUCGCUUUUGGUGAGAUCCUCAUGCCCUUCAGCGUUGUCGCCGAUCUGAGAAAUGAAUCCAGAUUUGACAACUUGGCGCAAAUUUAG